AUGUCUUUUCACAAGAAUUUGAAGAUCAAGCAAUUUCUGACCAAGAAGCAAAAGCAGAAUCGUUCCAUUCCCCAAUGGCUUCGAAUGAAAACUGGUAAUAAAAUCAGGUAUAACUCCAAGAAAAGACACUGGAGAAGACCCAAGUUGGGUCUCUAA